CUCCUGAUGUUCCAGAUGAUUUGGUUCCAUCUUUAUCACUGUAUCAGUUUUUUUUCCUUCAGUCGUCUUUUCUUCUGUGUUUCAGCAGAUGUUGGUCUGCAGCAGGUUCUAGAGGAACAUAAGAUCAGCCUGAGGAGGAGAUGUGAAUGUGUGACUGAAGGAAGUGAUGAAACAGGAAGUAGAACCCUCCUCAAUAGGAUCUACACUGAUCUCUACAUCACCGAGGGACUGAGUGAAGAGGUUAAUACCCAACAUGAGGUGAAGCAGCUGGAGAGAGCUUCCAAGAUCCAGAACCUCCAUGAUUCUCCAAUCAGCUGCCAGGACAUCUUCAAAGCCUUCCCUGACCAACAUGAAGCCAUCAGAGUGGUUCUGACCAACGGCGUUGCUGGUGUUGGAAAAACCUUCUCACAUGUUUUCCAUCCAACCCUCCAGAAGCUCCCAGCAGAGAAGCUGGCUGUCUGGAAGCUUCUCUUCAUCUUUGACGGCCUGGAUGAAAGCAGACUUUUUCUGGACUUCAACAACAGUCUGCUUGUUUCUGACGUCACACAGAAGUCAUCAGUCAAUGUUCUGCUGAUGAACCUUAUCAAGGGGAACCUGCUUCCCUCGGCUCUGGUCUGGAUAACUUCCAGACCUGCAGCAGCCAAUCAGAUCCCUCCUUCCUGUGUUUCCAGGGUAACCGAAGUACGAGGCUUCACUGACGCCCAGAAGGAGGAGUACUUCAGGAGGAGGUUCAGUGAUGAAGAGAUGUCCAGCAGGAUAAUCUCCCACAUCCAGACCUCCAAGAGCCUCCACAUCAUGUGUGGGAUCCCAGUGUUCUGCUGGAUCACUGCUACUGUUCUGGAGAACCUGUUGACCACAGAGCAGAGAGGAGAGCUGCCCAAGACCAUGACUGACAUGUACUCAUACUUCCUGCUGGUCCAGACCAAGAGGAAGAAGAACAAGUACCAUGAAGGACAUCAGAGAUCAAAGCGUCUGAUAAAAGCUGACAGAAAAGUUCUCCUAAAGCUGGGGAGGCUGGCGUUAGAAUAUCUGGAGAAAGGAAACAUUAUGUUCUACCAAGAAGACCUGGAGCAGUGUGGUCUGGAUGUCACAGAGGCCUCGGUGUACUCAGGAGUUUGUACAGAGAUCUUCAAAAGAGAGAACUUGAUCUUCCAGAAACCAGUCUACUGCUUUGUUCAUCUGAGCAUCCAAGAGUUUCUGGCUGCAAUCUACAUGCUCCACUGUUUCACUAGCAGGAACAUGAAGGUGGUGGAGAAAUUCCUGAACAAAAAAUAUAGUGAAACAUCUCUGGAGGACUUCAUGAAGAGAAUCAUGGAGAAAUCCCUCAGGAGUCCAAACGGCCACCUAGACCUGUUUGCUCGCUUCCUUCAUGGCCUCAUUAUGGAGUCCAACCACAAACUCCUAGACUUUCUACUGGGUCAGAUGAACACCAGUCGAGGAACCAUCCAGAGGGUCAUCAACAAUCUAAAGAAGAUGAACACUGAUACAAUCUCUACUGACAGAAGAAUCAACAUCUUCCACUGUCUGAUGGAGAUGAAGGACCUCUCACUAUUUCAGGAGAUCCAACAGUUCCUGAAAUCAGGGAAGGAGCUCUCAGAGAUCCAGUGCUCAGCUCUGGCCUACAUGCUGCAAAUGUCAGAGGUUCUGGAUCAGGUGGACCUUGAGAAGUACAACACAUCAGAGGGAGGACGACGUAGACUGGUUCCAGCUGUGAGGAACUGCAGAAAGGCUCGGUGAGUCCAGAUGUCUUCA